AUGGCUUCUCGCUGUGAGCUUCUUCUGAUCUGCAUCUUCUCUCUCUUCUUUGCUCUUGCUCACUCCAAGACGUUGAAGCGAGAUGUGAAAGCUUUGAAUGAAAUCAAAGCGUCUUUGGGAUGGAGAGUGGUUUAUUCAUGGGUUGGUGAUGAUCCUUGUGGAGAUGGAGAUCUUCCACCUUGGUCUGGUGUCACCUGCUCUACACAAGGAGACUAUAGGGUUGUCACAGAACUAGAAGUUUAUGCGGUUUCGAUUGUUGGACCUUUCCCUAUUGCAGUAACAAACCUUUUGGAUUUGACUAGACUGGAUCUACACAACAACAAGCUAACCGGUCCAAUCCCUCCACAAAUUGGGCGACUGAAACGGCUGAAAGUACUAAACCUGAGGUGGAAUAAACUACAAGAUGUGAUUCCCCCUGAGAUUGGGGAGCUGAAGAGACUAACACAUUUGUGA